CGAACGUUAAUGAGUUCUCUUAGAGUUUGGCCAACGCAAUUGCAAUGUAUUCUAACUGGAUCCAGUCCAUCGUAGAAAAUGUAAAAAGCUUUUUACUUUGGGAAUCAUCGGAAGGCUCUAUAUUUCAGGCAAUUACAAGAACUGCAUCCUAGUAGCAUAUAAAUGACCGUCAGACCAAUAAUAGAUGGUAGAAGGAACACAUUUUCGCCCAUACAUCUCAAUUUCUCACUCAGCGGUGUUACAGAUUAUGCAACAAUAUUCUCAAUCGUAGUUCACACUUUCCUCCUAAGGGUUGGUCAGCAUAACGGCUGCCCCUACCUCCCAUUAGGGGCAUUUCUUUCUCAUAUUGGCUCCGUUGGGAUGCAAAGGGUUACACCGUAGGCAUGAAAGAUUGUAAUCCUUCUUCAAGGUUUGAUUUUUCGAGGUUAUGGCCUUGUCACAGACAAAUAUUUUAAACGACGGAGCGCAGCAUCGACACAGUACCAAGGCAGCGAGCAACAAGGAAACACUCAGGAUAACUCCCAAGAAUUGGAAGAUCUACAAUAUGAAGUUAUUGGUUGUCUCAUUGGUGGCUUUUGUGAUGAUUGAUCGGGUAAAUUCCCAAACUCUUGGUGCCCUCGCCGGUGCCUCCAUUGAAGAUAUACUAGUACCACAAAAGGAUACCAUCCCGAAUCGAAUUGUUUCUUUUAUCGCUAAUCAAAUUUUUUCCUCGGAUGUCGCUCCACAGUUAAAUGACGUCCGAUUUUUCCUGUGGACCAGGUUAAAUCCCAUUUAUGGCAUACAGCUUCUGACUAAUCGAACAGAUGUAUUAAAUCGGUCAACUUUCAACCGUUUCAAACCAGUUAAAGUCCUUAUCCAUGGAUUUGGUGGAAAUGGAACUGACGACCGCUUUAUCUCGAAAGCCCGCGCCGCCUACUUGCUACUGGCUGACUUUAACGUCAUUACAGUUGACUGGAGUUCGCUUGCCGAAUAUCCAAAUUAUGCCCGCGCCGCUGUAAGCACUACACCGGUUGGCGUCUACGUUGCUAAUUUCUUGGACUUUCUGAUAUCCCAGGGCACCCAGCCGUCAGCAUUUCAUGUGAUCGGCUACAGUUUGGGAGCUCAUGUUGCUGGUAGUGCCGGAAACGCUCUUCGUCUGGGUCGUCUUCCGCGAAUCACUGGACUUGAACCAGCUUCUGGUGGUUAUGAACGAAUUGAAAAAUUAAGAAGUUUGAGCUCCAGUGACGCCACGUUUGUUGACGUAAUCCAUACCAACGCAAACAUUCUCGGUCUGGGUACUACGAGCUCAAUCGGCCACGCAGAUUUUUAUCCUAAUGGUGGCAGAUGGCAAUAUGGCUGUCUCUGGAACACGGAAUACGAUUCAUUAAUUCAUUGCAGUCACGGACGGUCGACACACUAUUUCAUCGAGUCAAUCUUGGCUGGACCCGGAAAGUUCUUAUCGUCCAGAUGUUCAAGUUAUUUUAAAUUCAAGCUCGGUAUUUGCGGCGAUUGUGAGAAACCGACUGAUGAUGGGAAUUGCAUAUCUAUGGGCGAAUACGCAACCCCGAUAGCUUCUGGUACUUACUUUUUGUACACUAACCCCACUGCUCCGUACUCACUGUGAUAGCGCUUAAAGGGGACGAAUGCAAGCUUGUUCGAGUAUGUAAAACCAACUACCUAAGACUCCCGAAGUUUGUAACUGAAGAAAGUUACAAAGUUGUAGACAAAAAAUUGUAAAUUCGUAUAAAUUACAAAUGUGAUGAAAUUUGUUGUUUUGGGUCACGUGUAAAGUGCUAACACUGAAUAUAAUUUGUAAUUUUAGGAUUUUCGUAUUAUUAUUUUCCGAAUUUUACGUCCUUAUUAGC